AACUGCUCUUAAGUCCUUUGGAUAAGAGCGUCUUUAGUCUUUACUGUCGUCUCCCAUUGGAUUUUCCAUUUUGUUUAGUGACAACAUAACCCCUUUUUUUGGUCGAACAACUAGUUUGAUUUAAUCAUAAAGCGUGCGUUACACUCCUGAUGAGUUUCAUCAACAAAUUCAAAGACAAUAAUCUGCCUGAUCCUUUGAUCAGAGACUUUACUCGUAUGCUUCUCCAAGGCUUAGCCACUAUCCACGCACACGGUUACGUUCACUGCAACCUCAAACCGGAGAACAUCCUCGUUUUCCCUAGCCACAUCACCAACGACAACGGCACGUGCAGACCUUAUUUCGAGUUGAAGAUUUCGGAUUUCGGGUUGUCGAAAAAGGGAGGAGACAGUAGCUGGUGGGAACAGUCGUCCGUUUGCGGAACAUCGAUCUACAUGUCUCCGAACUCGGUUUCUUAUGGAGAGACAGGGAAAGAUCUCGACUUGUGGUCGUUGGGGUGUUGUACUGGGAAGGGACCUUGGUGGCAUAAGAACUAUGAAGUGAGUGAUCUCAAGAAGGGGCAAGAGCCACUGAUUCCGAGUUACCUUCCUUUGGAAGAAAAACUCUUUAUCAUGACUUGCUUUUGGCGGAGAACAACAGACGCGACAAGAUUGUUAAAGCAUAUAUAUGCAUGCGUGGAGACGAGCGGACACAGCCUUCUCCUGUGACUGUGAGUGAUAAUAUUAAGGCUAAAAUAGCUCUUCAACUGGAAAACUUUGUUAGAAGGAAUUUUUCUAAAACCCAAAGCAUUCGUGUACCUGCUGCUGCUCAACUCAUGCCCAACAAGACCAUCAUCGCCUAG